GUCUAGGAUCCAGCCUUCCGGAUAGCCGCCAGCUUCUCUUUCUUAUAGAGCCAGGAGACUCGUUCAAUUUUAACAGCGUUUUAGUUCGACAUCUGUCUCGCCUAUUCGGUGUUCCCCUCACUUUCACCGGUUAUAAUAUGUAUAUUAAUCGGGAUCCCCAUUACUAUGAGUAGUUUCGGGCGACGGAUCAGCUUAACGCCGUCAUCCCCAGCGAUUCUAGUAGCGAUAAUCCAGUCCCGUCGGGUAGUCGUGGGAACCACGACAGAUAUCUUACUAGCUGCCCUGUGGUGUGGGAUAAGCGCUUUCGCGUCUAGGAUUACCUUCUUGAUUCUCUAUAGUUUCUCUUCCGUCGUCUCUUCUACGGCCCCUGCCAUUUCAGAGAGACGCACUUCAACGACCGCUUUGGUCUUCCCUCCUACGGCGAUCUCGCUCUAGGUUGGUGCCUUGGUGGUUAGGGCCACGGCUGAGCGACCGCGGUCUUUCGCGAUUCCAGCCUCAAUACGUCUAAGACGCUCUAAUAU